AUGUCUAUGUCUCAGCACAACAUGUUGGAUGUUAGCCGCCACUUGAAGCGCUUGAAUAAGCCUCCUCUUAAAACUAUCAAGAGCCCGGAUGGAGAUGUCAUCGACUGUGUCCAUAUUGCUCACCAACCGGCUUUUGACCAUCCACUGCUAAAGAACCAUACAAUUCAGGCAAGUCCAUGGAGUACGAGACCGAAUUUCCACCCAGAAGGGACUAAGUUUGAGGAAAGCAAAAAGGUGUCUGAGCAGAAAACAAGAUCAUCAAAACCCAUAACCCAGUUGUGGCACUUGAAAGGAAGGUGUCCUGAAGGAACUAUUCCCAUCAGGAGAACUAAAAAAGACGAUAUUUUAAGGGCAAGCUCUGUUGAAAGGUUUGGCAAGAAGAAGCACACCAAAAAUAUUCCUCAUCAACCCAGGUCUGCCCAACCUGACCUCAUUACUCAAUCUGGCCAUCAGCAUGCAAUAGUGUAUGUGGAAGGAGACAAAUAUUAUGGAGCCAAGGCAACCAUUAACGUUUGGGAACCCGAAAUACAACAGCCUAAUGAAUUCAGCUUGUCUCAGAUCUGGAUCCUUGGAGGUACUUUUGGUCAAGAUCUUAACAGCAUUGAAGCUGGGUGGCAGGUUAGUCCAGAUCUAUACGGAGAUAACAGAACAAGGCUCUUCACUUAUUGGACUAGUGAUGCAUAUCAAGCCACCGGUUGCUACAAUCUGCUGUGCACAGGGUUUAUUCAAAUCAACAAUGAAGUGGCAAUGGGUGCAAGCAUCUUUCCUCUUUCUGGCUAUCGUGGCUCCCAGUAUGAUAUCAACCUACUUGUUUGGAAGGACCCAAAAGAGGGAAACUGGUGGAUGCAAUUUGGGAAUGACUAUGUGCUGGGAUAUUGGCCAGCCUUCCUCUUCUCCUACUUGAGCGACAGUGCAAGCAUGAUAGAGUGGGGAGGUGAGGUUGUAAACUCAGAAUCUGAUGAGCAACACACAACCACUGAAAUGGGAAGUGGGCAUUUCCCUGCAGAAGGGUUUGGAAAAGCUGGUUACUUCAGGAAUAUUCAAAUUGUUGAUGGAUCCAACAAUCUCAGGGAUCCUAAAGGGCUUGCCACUUUUACCGAGCAAUCCAAUUGCUAUGACGUCCAAAACGGAAAGACUGGUGAUUGGGGCACCUACUUUUUCUAUGGGGGUCCUGGAAGAAACCCCAGUUGCCCAUGA